CUGUUUGAUACAAUUCUAUAACCAAAAAGUUAUAGGUUAGUUUGUUGUUUCCAAUUUUUACACAACGAGAUAGUAAUAUAUCCGAGAAGUGAUAUUGUGAUUUCAAAAAAAAAAAGAAAUGUCUAAUAGCCAUCUCUUCCUCAAAUCUGGAUUUCCUCGUGCACCCCUUCAAAAUGGGUUGGGUCGGUACGUUUGUCAACUGCAGCGCGUAACAUUAAAAUUCUGUAAAAACCAUGGAGCUAGCCGAGGCAUGAGAGAAUACAUCGAAAACCAUCUUGUGGACUUCGCAAAAGAGAAUCCUGGUGUAGUCGUUUAUGUGAAGCCUCGACGACAUCGCGGGCCGGUUCUAGUUGGUGAAUACUUAAACGGUGACAGAGAAUGGUUAUAUUGCCGCAAUGCCUCUAAGGAUGAUAUUUCCAAGUGGUUAGAGCUGUUAAAAACUCAGAACGGUUCUUCAAGUUCCUUACGUCUACGUAAAAUGUGGCAUACUGAUCUACCUUCAAUCCAAGGCCCUUGGACUCCUUUUACUCUUCGAUCUCCAGAAGCGAAUAUGGUAACAUAUCCUAAUCCAAGUGCUUCAAGGCCACUUGAUGUGGAACAAUCAGCAACUGAAAAGCUUGUUGAAUUAUUUAAAAAGCAGCGAUUCGCAGAUGAAGCCUUGGAAGAAAAACGUGCCGAAUAAUUUUAGUAAAAGCUAUCAAAAGUAAUUUAAUAAACAUUAAAA